AUGGGCAACUGUGUGAAUAAACCUAAAGAAAGUGUAACAGAUUCUGACCCAUGUUCAAUAGCUGCUCCUUUAACGGAAACGUGUAAUAAGCAACGCCAACAACACCAACAAAAUUCUUUGGUGUGCUCGAUAAAUGAUCGUUCUUCCAAGUUACACUCUCUGUUUAAGGACACUUGGCAGGAAAAUUUUCUUGCACCUGUUCAUGAUCAACUCAACCGGGGAAAUGCGCGAGUUUUAGAUCUCAGAUGCCAAACAGGGGAAUGGGUAUUAGACGUCUCUGAUAAGUACCCACUCGCUAAAAUAUGGGGAAUCGAUACCAUUACAUCAAAUUUUUUUCCUUCGCAAAAACCAUUAAACUGUAAUUUUUUGCAUCUUGAUAUUCUCAAUGGAUUGCCUUUCGCCGAUAACACAUUCGACCUUGUUCAUACCCGAUGUUUAAUUUUUACAUUGACCGAAAUCGAGUGGGAACAAAAAGUAAUAAAGGAAUUGUCACGUGUACUAAAACCGGGAACUGGUUGGUUAAGUCUCCUGGAAAUCAACUUAUUAUACACAAAUGAAGGUCCAGACACUGCUAAACUUACAGAAUAUACGAAACUAUUUCUUAAAGAAAAGAAAAUGAAUCCUGAUAUUGCGAGUCUACAAGCAAAUUUGCUACGUGCAUCAAAUAAAUUUACCAAUAUUCAAGUCCACGAAAGAUUUCCCACUUCGGAACAUGCGAAUAACAUUUCUGCAGGAGAAUUUGCACUUACAAUGUAUGAUUUAGGCAAGGAAUUAUCUAACUUUAUAGGAUUAAAUGAUGCGGAAUAUCAGUCUUUGGUAGAAUCAAGUGUCAAAGAAUUUAAUAUUUAUAAGACUAGCGUUAGACAGACUAGAGUAAUUGCACGUAGAAUAUUGAAUUAA